AUGCUGGAGGUUGUAGCUGAGGUUUGGAAGAGGCAUAUUGGCCUUUCGAUUGACAAUCGAGUAGAGAAGCCAAUAACGCUUCCCACGAUCCCGGAUCUCGGCGAGUCCCUCGCCCGCCCCUCAACAUCCACAGGCACAAUCCUUAUUGCGGUCAUGCAAUAUCACUCGGAUAAACCAUCUAGCACAUGCAACAUUGGAGAUCUGCUGCUCACUCGUCAAUCUCGCGCCCUGGUUGAAUGCAUCUUAGAUCUCGUUCCACUGCAGUACGGGAUACUAGCCGUCCCGGAAAACAAGAUCGAUGCAUUCCUAGGGUUCUCUGGUUUCACAUGUGUUUGCUCGUGGAGUACUAGCGUAAAGUACUGUUCACCUCGAAACUUCCCUUAUCUGUUGUCGCGUGGGCAGGUGAUACGUUCUGUAGCUUCUGUAUGGAUGUUUGUUCCUGAUACUUCCGCCCCCGGAAUUUUCUGCAAUGAGACUGUUGGGCUCUGUCGUGCAUCUGAAAGGGCUUGUGGGACCUCUAGGGAUAUUCAAAGUCAGAUAAUGGUGCACGUGUCUGCACCAGGGCUAGUACCAUGA